AUGUCGUCUCAACGAGUCUUAUCUGGGACAGACUUCAAGUCGACCAGCACGCCUGAGGUCGACGCCGAGCCCAAGGAUAGAAGAAAAAAGCGUUGGUGGCAGCCGUGGUCAUCGCGGAAACGAAUAACCAAAGAUUGUCCAGCAGAGAUGGACCCUGAUGUCUGUAACACCGCCAUCUACCGAGUCAAUCAUAAUUGCAGUCAACCGAUGAUGGCCACGGCAGCUUCUUCUGGCUCAGAGUCAUCCACGAGCUGCCGGACCAGCCUAUCAGCUGCCUCGACCGAGUGCGUCCGCGCCACGUCCCUCAACGAGGAUGACCUCAAGGCUUUGAAGAAGAGAGAGAAGGAGAGCGGUAAGCUUCAGAAACGUCGACAUCGGCGUCUGAGGCAGGAUUAUAUUGAUGGCUUGGCAUUAGGUGGCUCGUGGAUACUGUAG